CAGAGCGAGAGAAACAGUGUGGCUGCAGUCAGGAGAGACACAAACAGAGAGAGAGAGAGAGAGAGGAGGAGAUACAGAGAAGAAAAGGUUUCCCCUCCUCACAUCACUGACCCAUGAAAGAAGCCAUGCCGGUUCUCACAGCAGGAGCAGGGCUACAUGAAACGCUGGCCCUGCUGACCUCUCAGCUGCGGCCAGAUGCCAACCACAAAGAGGACAUGGUGUUCCUCAAAGAUGUCUUCAGCGAGAGAAGUUUGGGAUACCUGAUGAAGAUUCAUGAGAAGCUGAGACAGUAUGAGAGACAGAGCCCAACACCUGUCCUCCACAGUGCCUCCUCUCUGGCAGACGAUGUAAAGGAGCUGCAGAGUGGUCCGAUGAGUACAGAGGAGAAAGAGCUGCUGCAUUUGCUAAUGUCGCCUCACUCAAGAGCUGUUCUCUCUGUGCAUGACACUGUGGCCCAGAAGAACUUUGACCCAGUUCUGCCACCGCUGCCGGAACGACUUGAGGAUGAUCUGGAAGAGGAGUCCGUGAAGAUUGUCAGGCUGGUAAAGAACAAGGAACUCUGGUGAGUUGGAGCCACCAUCAGGCGUGAUGAAGCCACCGGGGCAGUGAUAGUGGCUCGGAUCAUGAGGGGAGGUGCGGCUGAUCGAAGCGGUUUGGUCCAUGUAGGAGAUGAGCUGAGGGAGGUGAAUGGGGUCUCUGUGAUCCACAAGAGGCCCGAUGAGAUCAGUCAGCUGCUGUCCCAGUCUCAGGGCUCCAUCACUCUAAAGAUAAUCCCUGCUAUUAAAGAGGAGGACCGACUGAAGGAGAGCAAGGUGUACAUGAGAGCCUUGUUUGACUACAUCCCAUUGGAAGACAAGGCCACACCCUGCCAGGAGGCAGGACUUCCCUUUAAACGGGGAGAUAUCCUGCAGGUUGUGACGCAGGAUGACCCCACCUGGUGGCAGGCCAAGCGUGUGGGAGACAGCAGCCUGCGUGCUGGGCUCAUCCCAUCCAAACAGUUUCAGGAGAGGCGACUGGCCUACAGGAUGAAAAUGGGCACGCUCCCGAAUCCAAAAUCCCCCAAAAAGCCUGCCUAUGAUCAAGGAUGUGAUAAAGAGGACUGUGACUGUGAGGGAUAUUUCAAUGGACAGUACAUAGCUGGUUUACGGAGGAGUUUCCGGCUGAGCCGCAAAGACAGGCAGGGAUCAUCAGGAGAGGGCUCUGACCUUGGAGAACCAGAGUUCAUGACCUACGAGGAGGUGACCCGCUACCAGCAGAAGCCACAUGAGAGGCCCCGCCUGGUGGUUCUCAUUGGUUCUCUUGGAGCAAGAAUUAAUGAACUCAAACAGAGGGUGAUUGCUGAAAACCCACAUCGUUAUGCAGUAGCUGUACCGCAUACAACCAGACCCAAGAAACCGCACGAGAAGGAUGGUGUAGAGUACCACUUUGUCACCAAACAGCAGUUUGAUGCAGAUGUUUUAAACAACAAGUUCAUAGAGCAUGGGGAAUACAAGGAGAACCAGUAUGGCACCAGUAUAGAGGCUAUCCGCUCUGUACAGGCCAAGAAUAAGAUGUGUAUAGUAGAUGUGCAACCUGAGGCUUUGAAGAGGCUACGGACAGCAGAGUUCAAGCCGUAUGUUAUAUUUGUCAAACCUCGCGUUCCUGAGAGCAGACGUCGCCGCAGUGCAGCCACUUCACCAGGAGGGGGAGAGCAUGGCCGUAUUACAGAUGAAGACCUCCAGGAGAUGCGCCAGUCUGCCAUUCAGAUUGAUCAGCAGUACGGCCACCUAGUGGACCGUGUCCUGAUCAAGGAGGACUCGGCCAGUGCCUGUGUGGAACUGCGAGGUAUUUUGGAGAGGCUAGAGCGAGAGUCCUUCUGGGUGCCUAUCAGCUGGGUGCGGACCUAAACAUACCAACUCACUCCACAAUCUGUUCCACAAGAACUUUACAGUCUGCUCACCAAAUCCUGCACUGGUCCUCUCCCAGUGAGCUGAUGCUCUUCCUCUCUCUGAAGGCCUGCUGGCCAGCCUUGGAGUCCACUGAACGUCCUCUACAUAUGCUGAAUGAUACGGGGCUGGUCAGUCAGCCAAAAAUUGAGGCACCAAAGGGAGAGAAUGAUGUCAGAGGAAUACCUCAGUUUUACAGCAGGUUGGUUAAUUGGCCAAAAGUCACAGUGUUACUUCCACAAAUAAUCACUACAUCGUCUUGUUAUAUUUGUCCAGGUCUGCAUUUUAAUUUAUUUAUUGAUUUCAAAGACGAGGAUGGAAGUUAUAGUUUUAAGUGGUUGGUAAUGCUUUUUUUUACGAGUCCCAUAUUUUUCGACAUUUUCCAAAAGUUUUCCACGGUUUAAAUUAGCCAUUAUUUAGCUAAUUAGUCAAAUAUGUUAAAAAAAAGAAAAGCCUAUGCCUUUGUUAUUUGUUGCUACAAUUUGCCACCAGUUUAUUAUAUUUCACUUUAAUAAAAGAUAGAAAUUUAUGUAUUUGUUAAGUAAGACAUGAGUUGAAAAUGUUUGGGAAAUCUUGUGAGGACCAAGUUUUCACUUGUGCAGAGAUAAACUUUAAGGAGUAAAGCAGAAAAUAACUAAACGUAUUUUGUAAAAAUAUUAAAUAUCAAGCAGGAAAAGGAUGGGCGCCAACUUCUGAGGUCCACCCUUGUACAGAGAGUUUUUUAUUGCCCAUUUCCUUUUCCUUUCUGUUAAGUUAGAUAAAUGAAGCCUGGCUGCCCACGAGGCCUCCAUAGUUGGAAAACAGAAGAAGCAGAGGUCAUCU